AUGUCAUUCUUCGACGACGAGGCUGAAGAUCCCCUCUCACCACCCACUCGACCACUUCCAAACGUAAACUACGGUAUGAGAGCCUCUUCAUCACGAGAAGGAAGUGUAUCAGGAUCUUCAUCAUUCUUAGAUAGAUUGCGAUCCACCGUAUCCCCUCCACCUGCUCAAUCACAUUCCCACAACGAUAGAUCUCGAGCGAGCGCAUCGAUAUUUGACGAAUCAAACACCAGCAUAUCAGGACGUGAAUACGGAGGGAGUAUACUGGGAGAAGGCGAAGAGGAAGAAGACGGGAUGGGUCUGAGUCUAGAAGAAGAAGAGGACGAAGAGGAUAUGAACGACGUGAAGAGAUUAGGUAAAAUAUGGGUUAGGGAGAGGGGUACACCUGAAUUGGGGGAAUGGAAGGGGGAGUUGAUAGAUCAGGUAUUUGAUAAACUUGAACAACAGCAAAAAAUGGUCAACACCUUACGGUCAGACCCACAGACUUCCGAAGAAGAGCAUUUCAAACUUAUGCUCGUACAGACGGAGAUGGAGAGAGUAAAGUAUCUCGUUAGAUCAUAUGUUAGGACGAGAUUGCAUAAGAUCGAGAAAUUCGCUCAUCAUAUAACUUUAUCGACCGAUAUGCAUCAUCUAUUAUCAGGAGCAGAACUAUCCCAUGCUAGACGCUAUACGGAACUCUUACACACGCAUUUUGAACAUUCCGUAUUGGACUCUUUACCUGAAUGGUUGAGGAAGAUGGAUGAUACGUAUGGAGAUGGAUUAUCGAUGGUGAGCAAGCCAAAUAGGAAUACACCAGUGUUGAUAUACUGCAGGAAGGAUUGUGGUGAAAUCACACUUGAAGGGGGUGAACGGGCAGCUCUAGCAAGGGGAACCACGCAUCUUGUAAAGUACAAAUUGGUAGAUCGGUGGAUAAAUCUAGGUUGGGCAGAGGUUCUAUGA